UCAAGCAGUGUGGGGUAAGGACGCUGGUUUUUCCGAAGACAGAUUCCGAAUUCCAAUUUGUAAACAUGAACAGUAAAGCGCUGUUCAUGCUGGCAGGCUUGAUAGCCGUUGCCAGUGGAGUUGUCCGUGAAAGUUGGUUCGAGACUCGUGUGGAUCACUUCAAUCCGCGCAAUCGGGACACCUAUUCGAUGCGGUAUUAUGCCAACGAUGAGAACGCUUAUCGUUAUGGACCGAUCUUUGUCAUCGUCGGAACGGAUUCGGCUAUCAACACACGGUACCUGAGCGAAGGACUGUUCUUCGAUAUUGCCUACCUAGAGGGAGCACAUAUGUUUGCCAACGAACAUCGCUACUUUGGACGCAGUCUUCCGGUUUCGGAUGCCACUACAGAAAACAUGGACUUUUUAACCAUCGACCAAACGCUGGCUGAUUUGGCCGAAUGGAUCCAUUACCUGAAGAUGGACGUUGUUAAUAACCCAAAUGCUAAGAUUGUUCUGUUGGGAUACGGACACGGUGGUACCUUGGCUAGCUAUUUCCAUCAAAAGUACCCCCAUUUGAGCAAUGGUGUCUGGGUUUCCAGCGGACCAGUUGAGGCUAGUUUAACAAUUCCUAGCUUCAUGGAGUCACUUGGUGAUACCAUCGGAACACAUGGAAGCCGUGAUUGUUACAAUACCAUAUUCAGUGGUUUUCUCGUUGCACAAAAUCUCAUUUCUCUCGGUCAGAGCGACGUAUUGACUGAACUGUUCCAUCUGUGUCAACCACUAAAUACCGACGAAUCAUUGGAAGUAACUGCUUUCCUGUUGGGUCUUCAAACCGACAUCCAGCGUGAAAUUUUGCAUUUGAGUAAUACCGCAUCGACUACCACAAUGUGCGAACAAAUGCAAAACGAUACCAUCGACAACAGCCUGCACGCCUUGAACACAUGGUUUGCCCGCGAACACCAGUUUGAAGAGUGCGUCAAUCUUAACUUUUCAACGUACUUGGCACCAUUCAUGGAAACUAGCUUCGACUCGGACGAACUUCAGAAUGGACACCGCCAGCGUUUGUAUUUACAGUGCACCGCCACCGGAUUCUUCCCAACGACUGAAUCUGUCUACCAGCCUUUCGGCAAUCAAAUCGACGUCAAUUUCUAUGUUGAAGUUUGCCGCCGUGUUUUCGGUGAUUGGAUCAAUGUGGACGUCAUCCAGAAUCAGAUUAACAGUACAAACGUUCGCUAUGGUGGUAGAGAACCUCGCAUCAACGAUGCACAUUUCACACACGGAUCCUUGGACCCAAUGAUGGCAGCUGGAAUCCUGCAAAAUGUAUCCGACAGUGCCCCUGCCACCGUUACCCCGAAUGCGUUCUUCGCGCCGGAUCUGGAAUCGAUCGACGAAACUUUGGAUUCGCCUGAACUACUCGAAUCCAAGAAGCGAACUCGUGACUUGAUUGAUAUUUGGAUAUUCAAGGAUUUCGAUCCUAUCCACGUGGAAGUAUAGAAGAUAAGAAACUAGAUAAUUAAUUAAUGGCGGUUGUUGAGUGAUACUGAUUUGCCAAAUAUAGGAAUUUUCUGGAAGCAGAAAUAUUUAUUAAA